CCUUCCUGUCUUCUAAUGGCCUAAAAAACCAAAUAUGUUGAUGCCAAUUCCAAUCGACACUAACCCUAAAACUAAUCCACUCCAAUUAUAAUAAUGUUAUACAGUCCACUGAAAUUAUAAUUUUGAUUUAUAUGUUUACUCAACUAUCAUUUAAUGUCUAGGGUUGGAGUUGUAACCUGUCAGGCUCCAACUAUGGCCACAACGAAAGUUACUCAUGUAAUGCUAAAUUCCGGCCAACUGAUACCGACAAUAGGCUUCGGUACCGGAGCACUACCUAUGCCACCGCCUGAACAACUAACAUCCAUAUUUAUCGAAGCCAUCGAGGCCGGCUAUCGCCACUUUGACACGGCAGCCUCCUAUGGCACGGAGGAGUGCGUAGGCCGAGCAGUGGCUGCGGCACUGGACCGUGGCCUAAUCAAGAGCCGGAACGAAGUGUUUGUCACUUCUAAAUUGUCAAUAUAUGAUACUCACCAUGAUCUUGUUUUGCCUGCCCUCAAAGAAACGCUCAGGGAAGAAGUUUGUUACAAUUCAUGCCCCGUGGAGGAACCGGAAGUGGGAUGGACUACAUGGUCCGCGCCUUACUUCCCGAAAACUCCGAUGAGGCAGGAGAAGGGCCGGUCCGUUACCAUCCGCAGAAUUUACGGAUAUGUGGAUCUAUUGCUGCAAUCAAUUCCAAGAAUAAAGGGCGAAUUACCAAAUAGCUUUGAUUCUGAUGCUGUGUAGUUCUUCUGGUAUAAAUUGUUGGGAAAUUAAAAAAAAGAUAUCAUCAAAAUAUGUGGUUAGCCCGGCUUGUAAUCGCAAUUUUAUGUGGAAACCAGAAGGAAUACACAGCAGGGCAGCAGCCUUAUUCCUUAACUAGCUGCAGUAUUUUAUCAUGUAACAAACUGAUAAGGUUGGACUCAAAUUAAAUUUUGU